CGCCCUCCUGAAGCUAAUGAGCACUGUAGGACAGGUGUUUGCUCCUCAGUCCCCAGCCUGCCCUGCCUGCGACCAGAGCCAGCUGCCCGCCACCCCCUCAAAGGCUCACUCACAUCCCCGAGCCCUCCCGAGUCCCGGGCCCGGGGGGCCGCGAUGGCCUGCCGCUCCUGCGUCGUUGGCUUCAGCAGCCUUAGCAGCUGUGAGGUGACCCCUGCGGGCGGCCCCCGGCCUGGGACCUCGGGAUGGGGCAGCUGCGGAACCCCCGGGCCAGGCUUCAGCUCCCGCAGCCUCACAGGCUGCAGGCCUGCCGGCACCCUCCCCAAGGUCACCGUGAACUCCAACCUGCUGGUGCCCCUGGACUUCAAAGUGGACCCAGCCAUCCAGCAGCAGAAAAACCAGGAGAAGGAGGAGAUGAAGGUCCUCAAUGAUAAAUUUGCCUCCCUGAUUGGCAAGGUGCAAGCCCUGGAACAGCGCAACCAGCUGCUGGAGACCCGCUGGCACUUCCUGCAGGGCCAGGACUCCGUCACCUUCGACCUCGGGCACCUCUACGAGGAGUACCAGGGCCGGCUGCAAGAGGAAGCACGCAAAGUGAGUCAGGAGCGGGCCCAGCUGGAGGCCAACCUGCUGCAGGUGCUCGAGAAGGUCGAGGAGUUUCGAAUCAGGUAUGAGGAUGAGAUCUCCAAGCGCACAGACAUGGAGUUCACCUUCGUCCAGCUGAAGAAGGACCUGGAUGCCGAGUGUCUUCGUCGGACCGAACUGGAAACCAAGUUAAAAGGCUUGAAGAGCUUCGUGGAGCUGAUGAGAAACAUCUACGAGCAGGAGCUGAAGGAACUGACAGCCCAGGUAAAGGAUGUGUCAGUGACCGUGGGCAUGGACAGCCGCUGCCACAUUGACCUCAGUGGCAUCGUGGAGGAGGUGAAGCUCCAGUAUGAUGCCAUCGCGGCCCGCAGCCUGGAGGAAGCUGAGGCAUACUCCCGGAGACAGCUGGAGGAGCGAGCCGCCUGCUCAGCUGAGUUUGGGAACAGUCUCCAGAGCAGCCGCAAUGAGAUCGCUGACCUCAAUGUGCACAUCCAGAAGCUUCGAUCCCAGAUCCUCUCCAUCAAGAGCCAUUGCCUUAAACUGGAGGAGGACAUCAAGGCGGCCGAGGAGCAGGGGGAGCUGGCUUUCCAGGACGCCAAAGCCAAGCUGGCCGAGCUGGAGGCCGCCCUGCACCAGGCCAAGAAGGACAUGGCGCGGCAGCUGCGCGAGUACCAGGAGCUCAUGAACACCAAGCUGGCCCUGGACAUCGAGAUCGCCACCUACCGCAAGCUGGUGGAGGGCGAGGAGAGCCGGAUGGACUUGCCUUCAACCACCAUGGUCAGCGUUGUGCAGUCCCGAUCCAAAACCGCUGCCUCCAAGUCUGGCCUUUCAAGAGCGCCCUCCCGGAAGAAGAGGAACAGAAAAGGCCCUGUGAUCAAAAUCACCGAAAUGUCAGAGAAGUUCCUCUCGCAGGAGUCAGAGGCCUCGGAGUAAAGGCAGCUGGACCCCAGGAGCCCAAGUCACUCCCCUGCCGCAGGAGGGACUUAAGCUAAACUCAAGAAAGCAGCUCAGAGCCUCUCGGUUGGGAGGGGAGGCAAACCGGAUUCUGAAUGGAAAGGAGAAGGGGUCCCAGCAACGUCUGUGUUUUUGGGGGCUGCCGAGGGUGGCACACGACUGCAGCCAGCUCUUCAGAAUCGCUCCACUCCAUCUCAACAUUCCGGUCUCACCUUUCCAACCUUCUGGCCAGACGUUUUCCCAGCUGGAUAAACUGGUAUUGGGGGUCAGUUUUCUCUCCACCUCCUUGCUCUUCUGAGGCUCCUCCCCAAACAGAGGGCUCUGACCGAGGAACCUUCCACCCUUUCGCCCAACCCUUGCCCUAAACUCACAUGUCAAGCCUUGCCUUGCCUCUGCCUCGGGACCGAGGCUGGUGCCUUCGCUCCCCCAGCCCCAGCCAGCCAUGGAUCAUGGGCUGGUGAGGACUGCGUGGGCACCUCCCCACAUCUGGAGUUCCUGAGGAGGCCGGGUGCUGAGCACCCCUGGGUUUCUUGCACCACCCGGGGCCCCCAGAGACCUGACAGUAUUAGGCAGUGAAAGGAGGAAGUCCCCCAGGUGUGUGGGUCCUAAGCCUGGACCUCUGAGGUCCGCCCAGACACCUGUGCCUCUUCCCUCCUCCUGUGGGUCCCUCGCAGCAGGCCAGUCGGAACUGGACAGGCUGCCCAGCCAGCUCCCGGCUCCUUCUCCAGAAGCUAUUCUUGCCAUAACCAACCCCCUAUGAGAGGGAAGUCAGAGGGCAGCCCGGGACCAAGCAGGAGAAUGUGGCCCUCCCUUCUCCUCCCUGCCGUCCUGCGGUUCCCCACCGUCCUGUGGUUCCCCACCCUGCCCAGGAUCCAAGCUCUCUGCAUUCUGGUCUCUUGCCUAGGGGUUCCCCAAGCCUGGAACCUGGCCCUGGUGGACCAGGCCCUGGAGACCCCCAGCUUCACCCCUACCAUGAAGCCCUGGGCUAUUUCCCAUGAAUCCCACCUCUCGGGUCCCUGUUCUCUCCAUCAGGCCAUCAGACUUGGCCCUCCCCUCCUUUGCAUUCACUGAGGAGCCCAGGAACACUCCGCACCUGUGGGGUUAGGGCUCCUUCUUUCCUCCUUCCUCCGCCCCCUCCUCCCGCCGCGCCCACUCCCCUGCCUACUGUGGGGCCGUGAAGAAGGUGCAGUCCAGGCAGGUCUGGGAGUUUCUGAGCCCUUCAGAUUGGGCUGGGGGAGCCCCAGUGACAACCAAAAGUGAAUUCUGCGUCCAAAGAGAAGAUUGGGAGCUGGGAGGAGCAUUCCUCUUUCCUCAUCUCGGCUCUCACCUUCAGGGCUCGAAGGGGAAUCCUGGCAGCUCCAGCCCCCCUCAUCCACAUGCCACCCUCUGUCCUGCCCUCCUUUCUCCCUACCUGCCCCUGCCUCUUUCUGCUGCUAGGCUCAGUCUUCCACCCCUUCAUCUCACUUUCCAGGACAUGGUCCCCCAAGGCCUUGACCCCUUUGAGGCCUCAAGGUCCUCCAAGCCUCUGGGGGGCGCUGAAGGGCUACCGACUCUCAGGCUGGAGGAAACUCAGACAUAGACUCAUCACUGAAGUCGCCUAAGGGUGCUGAUUGCUGCUCUUUCUCUGCCUAUUUAUUGGUUUCCAAGGGAGCAAGUCCUCAGUGGGGAUGCAAGGUAUAGAGAGUAUAUAUAUUAUUUUUCAUAACUUAUGUGGCUUUUAACUUAUUGCUUCCCUUCCUGUUUCUGCAUAGUCAGUGCUAUAUUUACUAUCUGGAUAAAGAACACAUAUCCCAGCCACCCCACCUGGCUGGCUGACUAUCUUGGGGCAGUGCCCCCUUCUCCCUCCAAGGGAUGAAUAAAAUGCUGAGAUAUGUCCAUGGAUAAA